AUGGCGAGUAGGCAAAAUUCUGCAAAAAAUCGUCGAGGAGGACAAUAUUGUGUUGCUGGUUGGCCCAACGGAAAAAGUUGUACAAACAGUCAACACACAGAGGGUGUUUCAGUACAACGUUUGCCCAUGAAUGACAAGGAGAGGCUGAGUUUCCACUUAUAUUGGUCGGCUAUGUCUACUAAGAUGGGAUAUGGAGAUAUGAUUGUGGCAAAAUGGAAAUCCAUUGCUAGGCACAUUACAAACAAGCAUGAAAACCAUCCAGAUGAGUUGUUUCCUAAAUGUGCUCAUGGAGAGCUAGAUGAACGUCUAUGGCUUCAAGUUGGAACUAAAUCAUAUCAGCGACUUUCCUCCAUUCUGUUGAAAAAAUCUGUUCUCAAAGAUGUUAAAAAACUAUCUUCAGAAGCACAAACUAGUUGUCUCGAAGGUUUUCAUUCAACAUUAAAUGGUUGGCAUCCAAAGAUGACCCAUUUUUCUUGGCUUGGUACAUAUUGCAGGCACGUACUGGCAGUACUUCAUUUCAAUGAAAACCUUCACAGACAGCAAAAAACAAAAAAUGGAACACCAUAUUAUUCUGUGACAUACCCAAAAUUUAAAUCAGGGGAUGAAGUAACUAUGUUAAUGAAAUCAAAAAUGUCAUGGUUCUUAGUUGUGAGGAAUCCAUGGACAACAUAUUUAAGAAGUAUAAGGAAAAAAAUCCCAGAAGCCUUAAACAAAACGUUCUCGGAUCGAAUUUCCAAAACUGAGGAAAUCCAACGGCAUUUGGAUAGGAAACAACUAUCUUCAACACAAUUGUUUCCCACAUAUCAACAGCAAGAUGUACUGCAAGCAAAAGGUUUAGACAAAGAAAAACAAGCUGCUUCAACAGGUCCUUCAGAUCCAAAAAAAACGCGCUUAUGCAAAAAUUGUGGACAGCCAAUGAAAGGACAUCCAAAAAGUCAUUGUCCACAAGAAUUACUUGACAAAUAUUCUUAGCAGGCCAACUUUAAAGUUAGUUAUAAAAUAAUAUACUAUGCUACAAAAAAUGUUUCCUACUUCUAUCAGUUUCUUUCCUGUGCUGACUUGUAGCCAGCAUGUUCUUGGCCUAGGGGAUUUCGUAAUGGAAAUCGUUUUCGGAUGUCUGUGUAGAUACAUGCAGGUAAUGGUAUACAAUUUUCCCAACCAAGGCAUCCACACAGCCAUCGAAUGACCCAAUGGUAUGCAACUGCUCUCAAGUAUCUAUGAGAAAUUCAAAAUAGUAAUUUCUAUUUGAUUAUUUAUUUUGACUUCACACAACAAAAUUGUGAAGCAUCACAGCACAAUAAUGAACCACAUAAAGGUAAAAAGUAGAGAUACAUGGCAGGAUAUUAAUCAUUCGUUACAAAACAAAUUUAGAAAUCAAAAAUGUACUAACUCAUUUUCGUGUAUUCUACGACACUUGUAUGACCUUCCAUCUUGGUCUCUUAGAAGUGAGCGAACAUUCUUCAAGACUGUAGCAUGUGUCAUAAUCGUGUACUCUUCGUGAAGAGUAACACAGCUAAUUUUUUCAAUGCUACCAUCGAAUACCAGUUUAUGUAAAGUAGGCCCAACCUCUUGACAACAACGGUAUUCAAUGGCAUCUGUCAGCAGUUGAGUACGACACAAGCUACAUGCACACCUAUAAAAAAGUGGUUUGUUAUCAUAUUUAUGCACCACGACAUAAGGACAAAAUAACAUGUUUAAUUCAUGGUUUUAUUUCUUCUAGAGUUCUAAUAACAUUUAUCAACUUACCACUUA